UUGGUGUUCAGCUGGACAACACCUUAGCUGUUCUGGAGAUGGACUUGCUUUCUGGAACUUACCUAUUGGCAGUCUUACUGGUCUGCGUUGUAUUUCAGUCGGGGGCCCAGGAGAAGAAUUACACUGUGAGGGAGGAGUUACCGGAAAAUGUCCUCAUUGGCAAUUUGCUGAAGGAUCUCAACCUGACCCUUGACCCCGAUGUGCCCCUUUCGUCCCCGCUUCAAUUCAAGCUUGUGUACAAGACCGGCGAUGUCCCCCUCGUCCGCGUGGAGGAGAACACCGGAGAAAUAUUCACCACGGCCAACCGCAUCGACCGGGAAAAGCUUUGCUCUGGCAUUUUUAGUGAGAACCGUUGUUUUUAUGAGGUGGAAGUCGCAGUUCUUCCUGAUGAGGUCUUCAGGCUGGUCAAGAUCCGAUUCCUGAUUGAGGAUAUAAAUGACAACGCUCCACUUUUCCCAUCCACGGUCAUCAAUAUCUCUAUCCCUGAGAACACCGCGAUCAAUUCCCGCUAUUCCGUCCCCUCCGCUGUCGAUCCUGAUAUUGGAGUGAAUGGCAUUCAACAUUAUGAACUUCUUAAGCCCAAAACAACUUCGAAAAGGACUUUUGGAUCCAUUACAAAUGAACAGGGUCAAAAUGUAUUUGGACUUGAUAUAAUUGAAACACCUGAAGGAGACAAGUGGCCCCAGUUGAUAGUGCAACAAAUUCUUGAUAGGGAGCAGAAGGACACCUAUGUGAUGAAGAUUAAAGUGGAGGAUGGUGGAAACCCUCCGAGAUCCAGCACGGCCAUUCUCCAAGUCACCGUCACUGAUGUGAAUGACAACCGUCCGGUCUUCAAGGAGAAUGACAUUGAAGUCAGCGUUCCUGAAAAUGCACCCGUGGGCACCUCCGUUUCUCAACUUCAUGCCACUGAUGCCGACUUGGGAUCCAACGCCCAGAUUCACUUUUAUUUUAGCAGCCAAAUAUCCAGCUUAGCCAAAAGGCUGUUUGCCAUUGAUAACAUCACUGGUCUUAUCACAGUCAAGGAGCCCUUGGACCGGGAGGAAUCCCCAGUACACAAAUUAACAGUUUUGGCAAGCGAUGGCAGUUCCACACCCUCCAGGGCUACCGUAACAGUGAACGUCACAGACAUUAACGAUAACAUCCCCUCCAUAGAUACACGGUACAUUAUCAAUCCAGUCAACGGGACUGUGUUACUGUCCGAGAAAGCACCGCUCAAUACUAAGAUUGCCCUGAUAACCGUAAUGGAUAAGGAUGCUGAUCUUAAUGGCAAAGUUACUUGCUUCACAGACCACGAUGUCCCCUUCAGGUUAAAGCCGGUGUUUGACAAUCAGUUUCUCCUUGAAACAGCUACUUUCUUAGACUACGAGGCCACCAGAGAAUAUGCCAUCAAAAUAGUGGCCUCGGAUUCAGGAAAACCACCCUUGAACCAAUCUGCAAUGCUAUUGAUCAAAAUCAAAGAUGAAAACGACAAUACCCCGGUGUUCACGCAACCUGUGAUCGGGCUCUCCAUUCCUGAGAAUAACGCUCCUGGAACCCAGCUGACCAAGAUAAGUGCUACCGAUGCCGACAGCGGCCGCAAUGCUGAAAUCAGUUACAUGCUGGGAUUGGAUGCUCCCCCUAUUUUCAACCUGGAUCGCCGUACAGGGAUUCUGACAGCUGUGAGAAAGCUGGAUAGAGAAAAACAAGAUCGCUACUCAUUCACAGUGCUGGCGAAAGAUAACGGCAUGCCACCUUUGCAAACCAAUGCCACCGUGACUGUUUCUGUCUUGGACCAAAACGACAACAGCCCCGCUUUCACACACAACGAAUACAACUUCUACGUGCCAGAAAAUCUACCCAUGUACGGCACUGUUGGACUGAUCACUGUGACAGAUGCGGACUCUGGAGAAAAUGCAAUAGUGACCUUGUCUAUAUUAAAUGGCAGAGAUAAUUUCAUUAUCGAUCCUCUCACUGGAGUCAUAAGGCCGAAUAUUACUUUUGACAGGGAGCAGCAAGGAUCUUAUACUUUUCAGGUGAAAGCGGUGGAUGGGGGCAGGCUGCCACGCACCUCCACAGCUAAAGUGACUAUCAAUGUUGUCGAUGUGAACGACAACAGACCUGUUUUCGUCACUCCUUCCACCAACUACUCCUACGACUUGGUUCCGAUGUCUGCCAGUCCUGGCUCCGUAGUGACAAAAGUGUUUGCUGUGGACAAUGAUACUGGGAUGAACGCCGAGCUGCGUUAUAGCAUUAUUGGUGGGAAUUCACGAGGGUUGUUUAUGAUCGAUCAGUUAACUGGCAACGUCACCUUGAAGGAGAAAGUCAUCUCAGCAGAUCAUGGGUUGCACAGACUGGUAAUCAAAGUCAACGAUUUAGGACAGCCUGAAUCUUUAUACACCAUAGCACUAGUGCAUUUAUUUGUGAAUGAAACAGUCACCAACGGAUCCUACGUCCAAGAGUUGGUGCGCCGAAACAUGGAAACACCGGUUGGCCAAAACGUCGGGGAUGGAGACAUUACCCCACAAACCAAUGACUAUGUCAAAAUCAUCAUUGCCAUUAUCGCAGGCACCAUGACAGUGAUACUGGUCAUUUUUGUGACAGCUCUGGUACGUUGUCGCCAAACUCCUAGGCACAAAGUGGUCCAGAAAAGCAAGCAGAGCGGCGAGUGGGUUUCCCCAAAUCAAGAAAACCGUCAGAUCAAGAAGAAGAAGAAGAAGAAGAAGCGGUCUCCCAAAAGCCUUCUUCUAAACUUUGUGACCAUUGAAGAAUCUAAGCCUGAUGAUCCUGGCCAUGAACACAUCAAUGGCACCUUGGACAUUCCUGUAGAGCUAGAAGAACAGACUAUGGGAAAAUAUAACUGGGCCACGACACCAACCACUUUUAAACCUGACAGCCCAGAUUUAGCAAAGCACUACAAGUCUGCCACUCCGCAGCCCACGUUUCAGAUUAAACCUGAGACUCCAGUACCACCGAAGAAACACCACGUCAUACAGGAACUGCCUCUGGAUAACACAUUUGUGGUGGGUUGUGAUUCCCUCUCCAAGUGUUCUUCCAGUAGCUCGGACCCAUACAGUGUCUCCGAAUGCAGCUGUCAAGGAGGGUUCAAGGCUCCUGGCUCUGUCCACACCAGACAGCUCUGAACGUCUUCGCAUCAACUGUUAAGUACCGAAGUCGUAUACACAAUGAUGUUAAGCCAGCAAACAUGGAAAUAUGGGCAUAGCACGAGAAAAGCCCUUUGUCUUCCCUCCCUGAUUGCUGAAGAAUUUUAUCGUCUGAUCUCCAGAGGGUUUUCGAAGUGGCGUUGAACUGUUCAAGCUGCCCUGCUCAAAGGUAUUCAGGGCCAGGACACUUAACAAUCGGAAGGAAUGCAAAGGAAAAGAAAGGGAAGAAUAACAAAAACGAAAGACCAAGAGACUGUAGAACAUUGUUCUAUAAUGUUGUUUUUAUGCUGAAAGAAAAGGGAGGGUGGGGGAGAAGUGAAACUGACCACUACUCUAUGUGAAUGGUUAUUAAAGUAUGAGAUACACCUUUCAUUCUCUUCGGUUGCUUCCAGCCGCAUUCUCUUUAAUUGAUCCAUUCCCUUUAAUUUAUUUACGUUCACAAUAUCUGUGGUCCGUUCCUCCCAUUCCUUAUUCACAUGGAAGAGAGAGAGAAAAGGAGCAAUAACAAGUUAUGCAUAUAGACUUGAAACAGAAACAGACAUUGGUCCAAUUCUUUAUACUCCCUGCCUUUCUCGAUAAAACGGAUGGCUUUGUGUGUGCUUCACACUGGGGUUGGAGAAAAAAGGUUAUUUAUUUUUGGAAUAUUUUGUAGGAAGACAAAAUGGUCGCUGUUCAGAGUAGCCAAAUCCGGGGCAGUUGGAUUGUUCUUUUGUUUUGAUUUACAAAACUUUAGUCUAUGUGAGUUCAUUUCAAGACUGGUGAUCUUCUUGGCAUGAUGAGAGAGCACUUUCUCACCCCAUUCCACACAUAUUUGUAUGAGAGGGAAAAUAGACGUUUCCAAUUAAAAGUUUCCAGUUAAAAGUUAAUACAAGUCAAACUUUCAGGAUGAGAAAUUUACAAUGUCGCCCACCUCCACCCCUAAUCAGGAAGAGUCUGGUAGCACAUUUGAAUAGGUUUAUAAAUAAGGCAUGGCCCUGGAGAGCGUAUUGAUUAUGAUCUUUCAUAAACACAUUGGAGACCUUGAUAUGAUUCAUGGCCUGGGUCUUUGUGUGUGUGUGUGUGGGGGGGGGGUGUCAGGAAAUUAAUUGGCCUGUUGAUUUUGUCUGUCUGUCUCGGUUUAAGAACCAGUUUACCAUCCUUCUGUGGUGGUAAAAUGAGGACCCAGAUUGUUGGGGGCAAUAGGCUGACUCUGUAA